UGAACUUAUGUGUCAAGUGUGUCUAUGAUUUUGACAAAACGAAUUGGAGGGUUAGGUGGAUGUAAAAUUCUAUUUUCUAAAUUAAAAAUACUGUACUCUGGGUGCGGACAGAGAGUUCCAUCAUGAGUGCAUUAAUGAAAGCGGCAGUUUCCCGCAGUCCUGCGUCACUGGCAUCAUACUUAUAUAGAAAUAUUCACGUGGCUGCUUCUGGUGCUACUUCUAAAGAUGCUUCAGUUACAACAAAUAUGACUAAAGCAUACACAGUAAUUGACCACAAACAUGAUGCAUUAGUUAUUGGGGCUGGUGGAGCAGGACUUCGAGCAGCCUUUGGUCUUGUCCAAGAAGGAUUUAAAACUGCUGUCGUAACUAAGUUGUUCCCUACAAGAUCACAUACUGUUGCUGCACAGGGUGGAAUUAAUGCUGCUUUGGGAAACAUGGAGGAAGACAGUUGGCUCUGGCAUAUGUAUGACACAGUUAAAGGUUCCGACUGGCUUGGAGAUCAGGAUGCCAUUCACUACAUGACCAAAGAAGCGCCUCAUGCAGUAAUCGAACUGGACAACUACGGAAUGCCAUUCUCCCGCACCCCGGAGGGAAAGAUUUACCAGAGGGCCUUCGGAGGACAGUCCCUCAAGUUCGGAAAGGGAGGACAAGCUCAUAGAUGCUGCGCCGUAGCUGACAGAACCGGGCACUCCCUCCUUCACACGCUGUACGGCCAAUCACUCCGCUACGACUGCGAAUACUUCAUCGAGUAUUUCGCUCUCGAUUUGCUAAUGGAAGACGGAGUCUGCAAGGGAUGCAUCGCCAUCAAUCUCGAAGACGGAACUCUGCACAGGUUCCAAGCGAAGAAUACGAUCUUGGCCACGGGAGGCACCGGCCGCUCAUACUUCAGUUGCACGUCGGCGCACACCUGCACAGGGGACGGCACCGCCAUGGCCGCUCGAGCCGGUCUGCAGAACGAGGAUAUGGAGUUUGUGCAGUUCCAUCCAACUGGUAUCUACGGCGCCGGUUGCCUGAUGACCGAGGGUUGUCGCGGCGAGGGCGGCUUCCUCGUCAACUCGAAGGGCGAACGUUUCAUGGAACGUUACGCGCCCGUCGCCAAGGACCUGGCCAGUCGAGACGUGGUCUCGCGUGCUAUGACGGUUGAAAUUAUGGAAGGUCGCGGCUGCGGCCCGGAGAAGGACCACGUUCACCUACAGUUGCACCACCUGCCUCCUGAACAGCUGAAGCAGCGUCUGCCUGGCAUCUCGGAGACGGCCAUGAUCUUCGCUGGGGUCGACGUCACUAAGGAACCCAUUCCUGUGCUACCGACAGUGCAUUAUAAUAUGGGUGGUACUCCCACCAAUUUCCGCGGGGAGGUGAUCACGCACCGAGGCGGCGCGGACCGCGUGGUGGCGGGUCUGCUGGCGGCGGGCGAGGCGUCGUGCGCCAGCGUGCACGGCGCCAACCGGCUGGGCGCCAACUCGCUGCUGGACAUCGUGGUGUUCGGCCGCGCCUGCGCACUCACCGUGGCCGACACGGCGCGCCCCGGGGACCCGCAGCCGCCGCUCGCGCCCACAACGGGCGAGGCGAGCAUUGCCAACUUGGACAGCAUCAGAUACGCCAAUGGUUCGAUCUCUACAGCCGACCUUAGACUUAGAAUGCAAAAAUGCAUGCAGAAGAAUGCCGCCGUCUUCAGACAGAAGAGCACCUUGGAGGAAGGUACGUGAAUUAUGUGUCUUAAAUAC